ACUCUCUGUGCUAGAUUGCUACCAUUGUCCAUUCCUUCUGCUUCAUCUCUCGGUGAUUAGAGGAUAGCAAAAUGAUUAUCCAAAAAGUCCUAAAGAUGGUGUUUUUUGUGGUCUUUCUUGGGUGGCUCAUGAUUUGGAUAAUGCUGCCAACAAAAACUUACAAAAACAAAUGGACUCCCAAUCUUCAGAUGAAGCUCGAUUCUACGUACUUUGAAGGACAGGGCAUAAAUCUUCUGCUUCUAACGUUCCCAGUAAUGUUCAUUGCUGCUUUUGGCUGUGUCUACCUCCAUUUACAGAGGAAAUCCGAGAAACUUUACACUAAAAGUGCCAGCAAAACUGGACGUUUGGCCUUCUUGCGACGACCGGUUCUGGUCAUGCCUACUCUGGGGAUUGUCACGCUGACAGAGCUCGCUUUUGUAGCCAUGUUCAUCGCUCUCUUGAUUUGGUCUCUUGCCAAUUACAUAUAUAUCAGUUAUAGUGGCCAUCUUCAUAUGGAUAAGGGGGUGGAAGUGUGGCAGGCCAAGUUCAGGAGCGUGUCGCUGAGGCUCGGGUAUGUUGGGAACAUCUGCUGGGCAUUUUUGUUCUUCCCAGUGACAAGAGGGUCAUCAAUUUUGCCAUUAGUUGGACUCACAUCAGAGUCAAGCAUCAAGUAUCACAUCUGGUUGGGCCAUCUCUCCAACCUCCUCUUUCUCCUCCACACCAUUGGCUUCAUCAUUUACUGGGGCAUCACCCAUCAAAUGUCUCUGAUGCUAGAAUGGAGCAGCACAUGGGUAUCGAACGUGGCGGGAGAGAUCGCCAUGGUUUUCGCGGCGGCCAUGUGGAUCACGAGCUUCCGCCCCAUUCGCAGGAAAAUGUUCGAAGUCUUCUUCUACACCCACCAGCUCUACGCACUCUACAUCAUCUUCUACGUCUUGCACGUCGGCGCAGCCUACUUCUGCAUGAUUAUCCCGGGGAUUUUUCUCUUUGUCAUCGAUCGACACUUGAGGUUCCUACAGUCACGGCAACGAGUUAGAUUACUCGCCGCGCGCCUCUUGCCCUCCAGCAUGAUUGAGCUGAACUUUGCCAAGAGUCCAGAAGUGAAAUACCACCCGACGAGCAUCAUGUUCGUAAACAUCCCAAGCAUCUCCAAGCUGCAGUGGCACCCCUUCACGGUCACAUCCAGCAGCAACAUGGAGCCCGACCGCCUCAGCGUGGCCAUCAAAUGUCAAGGAAGCUGGUCUCGCCGCCUCUUCGAAUCUCUUUCCUCCUUCUCCUCUUCUUCUCUGGACCAUCUUCAAGUCUCUGUGGAAGGACCCUACGGACCGAGUUCUUCUCAGUUCCUUAGGCACGAAACGCUGGUGAUGGUGAGCGGAGGAAGCGGCAUCACUCCAUUCAUUUCCAUAAUCCGUGAGAUCAUCCACCAAACCAACCAACAACAAACUGACACCGCGGCCUCAUCAAAGCUCCCGAAUGUGCUCCUCAUAUGCGCCUUCAAGACAUCGGCCGACCUCGCCAUCCUUGACCUCUUGCUUCCCCUCUCUCUCGAUCCCUCCUCCCGCUUCUCUCCUCAACUCCACCUCCGGAUCGAGGCCUACGUCACCCGAGACCACCACCAGCAGCUCGACCCCGCCCAGAAGCUCAUCCAAACCACCUGGUUCAAGCCCGACCCUCUCGACUCCCCCAUCACCCCCGCCCUCGGCUCCAACUCCUGGCUCUGGCUGGGUGCCAUCAUAGCCUCCUCGUUCGCCAUGUUCCUGCUCUUGUUGGGGAUCGUGACCCGCUACUACAUCUACCCGAUCGAGCACGGCGACGACGGGAAUUACCAUUUCUCGUAUUGGACGCUUUGGGAGAUGUUCUUGAUGUGCGCUUGCGUGUUCUUGGCCUCAAGCGGCGUUUUCUUGUGGCGCAAGAAAGGGGCCACCGCCGGAGGGAGGCAAGUGAAGAGCAUGGAGAUCCCGACGCCGACAGCGUCUCCCGGGUCGUGGUUCAGCAAUGUGGAGGAGAGAGGGGUGGAGAGUGUUCCGCAUCAGUCGCUGGUUGAAGCCACGAAUGUGCAUUACGGGGGAAGGCCUGACCUAAAAAAGUCACUGUCGGAGUGCAAAGGGCCGGACACGGGAGUUCUCGUAUGCGGGCCUACAGAAAUGAGGCACGAGGUUGCCAAGAUAUGUGCAUCCGGUUUGGGAGAGAACCUGCAUUUCGAGUCCAUCAGCUUCAACUGGUGACUUGAUGGAUUGAACAACUUUAUUUAUGCACGGGAACAACGUGUAUGUCAAGCAGAACUGGGUUGUGUUUUCGUGUCAGUCAUUGCAUUUGCAUUUCUCUGUGUCUUGGGGUGUGAGAGAGCGUGGGCAUCAGCUGAUUUGUGUGAUAAAUGCCCGUGAUUUGGAAAUUGCCCAUCGUGAAUGAUCAUCUGAUUAAGCCUGGAAAGUCCAUGCGUUUCGUCCUC